AUGUUUCUAUAAAAUGAAGUGAUCUUAGUUAAAUUGUGUUGUGAAUAUUACUUAUCUUUAUUAAGAAGCGAGAACAUUACGUACACAUAAAGAUAAGAGAUGUCUGUUUGUAAGCUUUGAUGUGAUAUAUGAGUCUAAGAUGAACGGUGCUGGAAAUAACGAAGAUAUUAAAAAUAUCAACAUAAGAGAAUGUUCCGGAAGCAAUGGAAGUUCUAAGACUAAGGUAUGCAGGGACAUGGCCGGCAGAGCUUGCGGCGCGCAAAGCGCCUGCGGUUGGUGGUGCAAAUUGAUUAUUGCGAGCUUCACUUUAGCCUUCGUUGAAUCACAAGAACUAUCAGCGUGCUGCAGUAAAGCGAACGGUACUUGUCGAAGUGUUUGUGAAAAGAUGUCACUGGGCUCAAGUAUUCGUGAUGAGAGAAUACAAAACAUUUAUAAGUUUUGUACGCCUGAUUUAAUCGAGUUUUGGAUAUGCAUGAAUCAAACUAUUCAAGAAGUGGUUUCAGGAUCCGGGUGGUGGGGCAAGACAUGCUGCGCGCUGGCGCACGGCGGACAAUGUCGACACGCGUGUGCGACCGCCGGCGACGCGCGCGCCCUCACCAGCGUGUGCCGGCGUUCAGACGAAAUCGCUUUCUUUGACUGCGUGCAGCGCCAGCAGGAGGCGCAGUGGUGCUGCUCGCAGACGGUGUCGCUGAGCUGCCACGAGGCAUGCGAACGUGUGGUGUGGCGCGUGGGGCUGGGCCGCUUCGACUCUUCGCUUACAGAGCACGCCGCCGACCUUUGCGAGGGCUCGCCCGCACUGCUACGCUGCCUGUACGACCUUACCGCCUCGACUGUACACACGGAUACGUCUAAAUAUCUACCGUGUUGCCAAGAGUCAGCGAGCCCGGAGUGCCGCAAGAACUGCGAGGAGGUGCUGCGCCGCACGGGCGAGUCGCAGGAGAUCGCAGACGCGCUGGCUCUUAACUGCGGAGCGCCAGCUAUACACGACGAACUGUGGCAAUGCUUCCUACGCAAGGACGCGCCACUCAACACCAAGAACUUCGUGCCCUAUGACGCCGCUAAGCUGCAUUGCUGUGAAAAGGCAGUGACAAUAAAUUGCAAGAAGCUAUGUUUUGAAACCUACAACAUCGGCUGGCCGACAAACGGGCAGAAGUUCUACAGUGACUGUCUCGUGGACCCGCAGGAGAUGAAGCUCAUUGAAUGUAUCGAAGAAGUGGAGGCGCCGUGCUCGCUGGGGUGCGCAGGGCUGACUUAUUGCAGUCAGCUAAACAACCGGCCCACCACGCUGUUCCGCGCUUGCUCCGCGCAGGCAGACCUCAACGCGCACGUCGCCGUCGCCGAAAGAAAGGACAAAGGAUCUGUACUUAUAUCGGGACUCAAUUUGCCACUGAAGAAUUCCUCUCAGUGUCCGACGGAUCUUUGGAAAAGUGUGGCUUGCACACUGCACGUGAAACCUUGCAGCAAUCAAGGUCACAGCAGUCUAUUGUGCGUAGAAGACUGCAUCCGCGUGGUGUCGUCCUGUGUGGAGUGGUCGCGUGUGCAGGUGACGGCGGCCGCACUUUGCGCGCGCCUCGCCCGACCCCACGCCCCCUGCGUCUCUCUGCACGACUUCAUGAAUCCCAGUACGGAGCCGGCGCUCCUGUCGCCGCAGGAGGUGGUGACGUCACCGUGCGCGGGCUCGCCCUGCAACGCCAGCCAGAUGUGCGUCGUGAACAGGAACUGUGCUUACGGCGCCGAUUGCAAGCGCUACGCCUGCCUGGAGGGAUGUCCACUCGGCGAUGGCAGUUCAGUUAUGGUGCCGACGGGGUCUUGGGUGCGCGUGCCGGUGUCGUGCUACGGCAACGACCUCUGCUACAAGGUGUGCCGCUGCGAGGGUCGCGUCCUGGCACACUGUCAGCAGCUGCCGCCCAUAUACCCCGAUUCCACCAACUGUAGGCUGCAUGAUAAGGUCGUCAAAGACGGUGAGAAAUACUACAUGGAGUGCAAUCCGUGCAAGUGUGUGUUGGGCGAGCGAGUGUGUGCGCGGCGAGCUUGCGGCCGCGCGGCGCUGCUGACGGGGCUGCCCUGCAAUUGUCCGCCGCACCACUUGCCCGUCACCGCCAACUCGCGCCACCACGCUAACGCCUGUCUCGCCAACUAUUCUAACAGAUGUGCCGGGGUGCCGGACGCGCUGAUAGAGUUCGGUGCGACAUCUGCGUGUGCGCGCGCCUCCUGCCCGCGCCGCCAUGUUUGUCUGCCGCGUCCCGCGCUCUGUCUCUCUCAGCUCUCCAAUUCCUGUCCUCAGCAUAUCUGUGUGAACACAACGCAUUGCAAGUCCCAGCCCCCGAUGGCGGUGUGCGACACAGAGGGCCGCACACACGUGAGCCCAUGUCACCUCGUCAUGAGCCACGCCACCGUCGCCUACUGGGGGCGCUGUCUGAAGGGAUGUUCUACGACGGGCACCGUCUGUGGUCUGAACGGUGUCACAUACAUGUCCGAGUGCGCGGCUUGGUCUGAGUACGUGAGCGUCGACUACCUCGGACCUUGCUUCGCCGUCGGGCCCAUCUCAGACCUCAUGGAGCCGAAGUGUAGAUUCGAUAGAAUCGUUUGUCCUCCUCUCAAGAAACCUAAAUGCAUCGGAUUCACCGCCCCAGGAGCGUGUUGCCCCAAAUGUGGUGGUGCUCUUAGAAUAUUAUACGCGAAGAAACAAUUCGACAGAGCGUUGUAUGGAACCAACAUAUCAGAUAAUGUCGUACAUUUAAGCAAUAUAUUAAAAACUUUAGAAAGGCAUAUCAAGAUAGCCGAGUGUGCUCUAAGAGGGUAUUUAACGGUGGAAAUGGAGCUUUUUAUAUCAGUGGAAUCUUUAUUAGAUAACCCUACUGAUUUGCAAUUACAGGUGUGCGUUCUCGAAGCAGAAAAGUUAGGUGAUUUGAUAAAUAGAGGUAGUGCUUUGAUAACUAGUGACGUAGCAUUAUGUGCCCUAUCGUAUGCGAUACCAGUUCACACGACGCCUACGCAAAGUGCCGCUAGUGUUAGUAUAUCAAUAGCUUUAGUAUUCAUUUCAACAUUAUUUGCAUUGAUUCCAAGAUAAAAUUAAUUUAUUCAUUAUAGAGCUCAAGCAUUUAAAAAUACGCACAAUACGAUUGCUUGAACAAUAUCGUUGAUAGAAUAAAAACAGUAAAGUUUAGUUAAGGCAAGUUUCAAAUGUUGUACAGUUUUAACUUCGAGUACUAUUAUCAAAUCGUAGUACCGGCUGUAUUUAAUGAUAUGAGAUAUUUUGUAAAUAGUUAUUUUAGAAGUAAUAUUGCAAACCAAAUAGAAGUGCCAUCGUAAGAAUUGUAAAGUUUUGCUCCAGACAAAAUAAUGUAUACGCUUUUAUUAAGCUUUUUGUGUACAAAAAGCACAUUAGUACCUUAAGAAUUUAUAAGGAAUUUUCAUAAUCGCUGUGAGUUCGUUGUGCCAUUGUUUCGAAGUUGUUGUCUUGUAGUUAUAGAUUUUGUAGUAAGGAUGUUAGCGUUAAUAGAAAAGACACAGUGCUUUUAAUCCGUUUUGUGACCAGUGGGUCUAGCACUAAUAUUUGUGAUAGUCGCCAUCGUAUCGUAAUCGACAAAAUUUGUAUUAGAAUUUUUGCAGCGCUCGGCCAUAAAAUACACCAAAAAUCUCAUACUAAUUUUGACAAAAUCUAUUGUCACAAAUAUUCUUGAUAGGUCCACAGAUUAUUACGACUUUGUCAUUGAAGUUUACUUAUCAGAACCUACACUUGGUGAAGGUAUUGGCCGUAUUUGGUUAUUUUGAUGCGAACUGUUAUGAUGUGCAGAAGAAAAGUACAAUGCACGACUUAAUUGUUUUCAAGUAAGUCAAAAUGAUGACUAUAAUUAAGUGAAUAAAGCAAUUAAAAAAACUGUUUUAGAUAUAAAAAGAAAAGAAUGGUAGAAGGAUGUUUUAUAAUGUAUCAUCAAGUAGACAACUGUUAAAGAAAUAAUUGUUUGAAAAUAAAUGACUGAUUA